CUUUUUGUUUAUGUGAUGGAGAAUUACAGCCUUAACAGGACAACAAACAACCAACCAUCACCUGUGGCUGCAAAAUACCAAUGGAGCAAAAAAAAGUGAAGCAGUGAGUGGAUAGGAGAAGACUCCAUAAUGAGUUUGAUUCUUCCUCUUGCUUCUUCUCAAACUCACACUAACACAAUUCCCAAACUCCUCAUAUCUCACAAAGCAAACCUUAUUAGUCCCACCAAGUUUCUACCAAAUCUAUUCUCUCUAGCAGCCAUUGCAGUAACACUAACCUCUCCUCUACCUUCCAAUGCAAUCCCUUCCCUCAAUACUCAACCCCCUCCAACCUCUCUCACCACCCCAUUUUCUCAAUCAAAGAACUUGCAACUUGGACUAGAUCAAAAUGGAAAAAUUAGACCUUGCCCAUCGAUUAAUCCGGGUUGUGUAUCAACAAAUCCAAAGUCAUCAUCUUUUAAUUUUCCUUGGACUAUUCCUGAAAAUUCACUAGAUAAUGCUAUUCAGAAACUACGCGAAGCAAUCCUAGAGACUCAGAAAAAUGUGAAAUUUCAGCCUGUGGAAGAUACCCCAGAUGGCAAAUAUCUGCAAGCUGAAGUUGAUGGAAAAUUUGACAGAGACAUACUUGAGUUUCUGGUGAAAGGUGAUGUGGUUGCUUAUAGGUGUAUGGCAGCAAAAGUAACUUAUGUAUACCCUUUCACUACUGCAUUUGGAGAUUCAAAGGGUCAAGAAGAAAAGCUCAAGCAAAUUAAUGACCAAUUGGGCUGGUUUGCUCCAAGUUUUGAUUCCAUGGAGUAGUUAAAUGCUUAAGUUCUUUGGUUUGUGUAUAGCUGAAUGCCUGAGUUUAAUAUUAUUUUCUGCAUUAUUAUUGCAAUUUCACGACUUUUGCCAUUUUGCAGCUUAAUGCUUAUUAUUAUAAAAAUGCUUAAGAGUGUCAGAUUCACCACGGCAGAAACAAUUUUAUAGAUAUUCUGUUUGAUAAAUGAGUCUGUUUUGUGUAA